AUGCUCAAGAACCCGAACGGAUCUCCCGGCCCCGAAGCCGGCGCCAUUCCGGACGGUCUUGAGGUGCACCCGGGCCCCAAUUUCAACGAUGCGCCGCAGCCGUAUCUUCCUCAAAUGCAGCAGCAUAACAUGCAGCCGCAGCAUCACCAGCAGCCGGCAUACUAUGACCACAACGUCCAGACCCCGCAAACACAAUACUCCCACACAACGUAUACAAACAACCACCAUCCUGCUGCGGUCCCUCCACCUGGAAAAGAAGGCAAAGAGGAUGCUAGAGACGGAAGGAUAUGCGGCCUGCGAAAACCGACGUUUUUCUUGACGAUGCUUUCGGUUGUUCUUCUCGCGACUUUGAUUGCCGUCGCCGGCGCAUUAGGAGCUGUAGUUGCGCAGAAGAACUCGCAGUUGGCGAGAGCUACGGCUUCAGCCGCCCCUACUUCAACAGGCGCGUCGGCGACACCAACGGCGACAUCAGCUGCCGUCCUGAACCUCGCCGAGGCCGCCCCGACAGACACCGCGAUCAAGAAGGGAGAAUGCCCGACCGGCUCCACCAAGCCGAAAUGGGAGGUACCGGGCACGAACAUCACCUUCGAGAAGGACUGCGGAAGCGACUACAUCUACAACGACAUCGGCAAGGUCCCGACCACGAACAUCGAGGAGUGCGUCCGUCUCUGCGCCGUCUUCAACCUCAACAAGCAGACGGAAUUGGGUCGCUGCGCGGGCAUCGUCUAUCUUUACAAGGAUGACCAGGGCAACGACGAUCCCUACUGCUGGAUGAAGUACACCAAGAACACCAACCAGAUCCUCUCCAAGGACUACACGGAGUCUGCAUGGAUUGUAUAG